AUGUCGCCUAACCGAAUCAAUAACGGAGCUCCGCAAGACAUGGCUCAAGGGCAAACGCCAAUAACCGAAACGCCCGGUUCGCAACAACAAGGUACAUCAGUGCUUUUAGGGCAACAGCAGCAUGGCGCACCGCUACCGCCAGUACCACAACACCGACUGUUGGUUCAGCAACAACAGCAACAAAGCGCAAACUUACCGUUGGGUCAACAGCAGUCAUUGGUCCAACAACAACAGCAAAGUGCACAUCUUCAACAGCAGCCAAUGCAAAACGAAUUUCAUGCGCGAAUUCCAAUGCCACGCAUUACACCCAACGACAUGGAUGCCUGGUUCACAUCAGUCGAUUACUGGUUCAGAGCAUGCAAUAUGCGAAGCGAUGCUCAACGAUACUACCACGUAAUGGCAACGCUGGACCCGCUCACUCUACCUACUAUUGGACAAAUCUGCAGAAACGCCGAAAAUCCCCAACGUGUGCUUAGCACCGGAGUAGGCAUGUACGAGUAUUUAAAACGUGAAUUAUUAAAAUACUUCGGGGAAAGUCAGCAGCGCAGAAUCCAGCGCUUGCUCGAAGAAAUGGUGCUGGGCAAUCAACGACCCAGUCAGCUGUACAACGCCAUGCUACGUGUAGCAGGAAAUUCCUUUUCCGAAGAUGCGCUUCGUGCAAUGUGGAUCCAACGUUUGCCAGAACUCGUUCGUGCAUCCAUAAUUGCACGAGAAGGCCCAAUAGACGUACAGAUAGCAGUUGCCGACGCAGUAAUGGAGACGGUAUCCCAGCGUCAAGUUUGUGCUAUCUCGGAAACAUCGGCGUCAACUGCUCCGUCAACAGAGGUAGCAACUACGUUGGCGAAAAUCACAAGCGCCAUUCAUCAAUUGCAAAAAAGGUUCGACGAUUUGAAUACUCGAGGGCGCAGUCAUCGUCGCAAUCCUCAACGCACCCGUUCACGCAGCCGUCGCAGCAGCAGUCAGCGUUCUGAGCCGCCAAAUUCUCAGGAUUGUUGGUAUCACCAAACAUUUGGGGACGCAGCAACUCGCUGCCGCAGCCCCUGCGGUCGACGCCAACGAGGUGGGGCCGAGCAUGAGAGCAGCAGGCGAGAUUGA